CCGCAGCCAACUUAACUUUGUACAUGACUCUGCGGCUUUGACAAAAACAAAAUCUCAUUUCGUUCAGAAAAUCUACAACUCCUCUGUUUUAACCGAAGCGAAGCAAGAAAAUUCUAUAAUAAUGCCUGCUGAAAACCUGGAGGAGCAGGGCCUGGAGAAGAACCCGAACCUGGAGCUGGCCCAAACCAAAUUCCUGCUCACUUUGGCGGAGCACAAACAGGAUGCUACCCUAAAAGCGAAACUUUUGGAGGCGAUUCGCACGGAUAAUAUGGCUCCGUGGUACGAGCACAUAUGCACGGAGCUCGCCUGGACGUUGGAUAAGGACUUGUUGGCGCGCAUGAAGGAGAACAAUCGCGUGGAGCUAGAACAGCUGGACGCAGCCAUCGAGGACGCGGAGAAGAAUCUGGGCGAGAUGGAGGUUCGCGAGGCGAAUCUUAAGAAGUCGGAAUAUCUGUGUCGUAUCGGCGACAAAGUAGCGGCGGAGUCGGCUUUCCGUAAAACCUACGAAAAGACUGUGUCCCUGGGGCACCGCCUUGACAUCGUAUUCCACUUAAUCCGUCUGGGCCUUUUCUACUUGGACCACGAUCUCAUCACACGCAACAUCGACAAGGCCAAGUACCUGAUCGAGGAGGGCGGCGACUGGGACCGUCGCAACCGGCUUAAGGUUUAUCAGGGCGUCUACUCAGUUGCCGUGCGUGACUUCAAGGCGGCUGCCACCUUUUUCCUGGAUACCGUGAGCACCUUUACAUCUUACGAGCUGAUGGACUACCCCACCUUCGUGCGAUACACUGUCUAUGUGUCCAUGAUUGCCUUACCUCGCAACGAGUUGCGCGACAAAGUAAUUAAGGGAUCUGAAAUACAGGAAGUACUUCAUGGUCUGCCGGACGUCAAGCAGUUUCUUUUCUCGCUAUACAACUGUCAGUACGAGAACUUCUACGUGCAUCUCGCUGGAGUAGAGAAGCAAUUGCGCGCAGACUAUCUAAUCCAUCCCCACUACCGCUACUAUGUGCGCGAGAUGCGCAUUUUGGGCUACACCCAGCUGCUUGAGUCUUACCGCUCGCUCACUCUGCAGUAUAUGGCGGAAGCUUUUGGCGUUACUGUCGACUACAUCGACCAGGAGCUGGCUCGUUUCAUCGCCGCUGGCCGGCUUCAUGCCAAGGUUGACCGAGUGGGCGGCAUCGUGGAGACGAACCGUCCUGACAAUAAAAACUGGCAGUACCAAGCCACCAUCAAGCAGGGAGACCUGCUCCUCAAUCGCAUCCAGAAACUGAGCCGCGUGAUAAACAUCUAAUGUAGUUCGUAAAAAGAGUUCAUUCAAAUUCAACAUUAAUUACUGUGUAAAUCUAAUAAAAAAAUAUAUAAACU